AUGUUUGUACUGCGUAUUGCACGCCUAUCGAACGCACGAGGAUAUCACACUGCAACAUACAUUCCGUCUAUUCAAGCAAUCUUGUUUUCUGGUGGUGAAUCUAAUUUUACUACAUCUGUUGCUCUACAAACAUAUGAAUUGUUCGAUAUACGUACUUUCACUAUUACACGAAAUGGAACAUUACUAGCUCCUAAAACCGGUGGAACAACAACACUGUUGCUUAGCGGAGAAGUACUUUUAGUGGAAGGUUAUGAUGGCUUAAAUGAUACAAGUACAUGCGAAUUGUACAAUCCUCUGAAAGAUUUGUGGAGACCAGCAGCUAGCUUGACCAAAGCAAGAGAUGGUCAUACUGCUACACUACUAGAGAAUUCCGGACAAGUGUUGGUCUGUGGUGGAGUGAUACAACCCAGCUACAGUGUACUCAACGAGUGUGAACUCUAUCGCCCGUAG